AUGGUCCGUGUCGCUAAGGAUUCCUUCCACAGGCUUGAGCAAGCAUAUGCGAACUUGACCGAGGACCGACUGAAGAGGGCCGAAGUGGAGAUGCGGGAGACGAGGACUACGUCGGACCCCGACAUAUCGCUCUUGCUUCGCGAGCUGUCGAUCUUUGGCCAUGCACAGCCGCUCUCGAACGAAUCCCGUUUACUUAUGCGGAGGAAGAUACAAGCUCUAGACAUCCGCGCCGGUAUGCCUGCAAUCUGGAUUACCAUCAGUCCCAACGACAUUAAUAACCCGGUAAAGAUGAAGCUUGCCAUUCAUAGGCUCCACGAUUAUGAGUCUGCGAAGGAGCUUUUGGCCGAUCUCCGUGAAAAGUACGACAGGAUCGCCCUGAGCACCAUGGAUCCGGUCAGCUCGGCCAUCUUCUUCCACCGAGAAAUAUCCCUAUUCUUUGAAAAGUAUGUGAAUACAGGCCGGGAAUCGAUCUUCGGGAAGAUCAGCCACUACUACGCCACGGUGGAAACGAAUGAGCGAGGCAGCCUCCACUUGCAUGGACUCCUCUGGCUGGACGGCAACAUGCGCUUACCGAACUUGAUAGACGACAUGGCCAAUCCCGCGGAAGAAGCAUAUCGCGCCCAGGUGAUUCGAUAUAUAGACUCCGUCUUUCAUGAGUGUCUAGAUGAAGAUGCCGGAAAAGCCGUGCGACAGGAGAGGAAGCCCAUCGAUCCCGUGGAGGAGGUCAUGACCAGCACCUCGGCUCUCACUGCGGCUUUUGAAGACGAAUCCAAUUUUAUCGCAUACUGUUGCCGCGCAUUCCCACACAUACACCUGCCUUAA